AUGACGUCUGAUCUUAUGCUUCCAGCUGACCAAAAUGAACCUUGGACCUUGCUGCCUUCUGAUCCUGCGAUCUUUAAUGACAUGGUGCGUGAGUACGGUACUAAAGAAGUCAAAGUACAAGAAGUGUAUAGCUUAGAUUUUGAUUUUCUGAAUGCAGAAGGACCUGUUUACGGCUUAAUCCUUGCUUCCAAGUGCACAGAUAAUGAUGACGAUACCAUUCCCACGGAUGCAGAUACAAUCGAUAUCAAUGACACUCCUGUUACCUUUACUGCCCAGGUUAUAACAAACAUUUGUGGUACUUUAGCCUUACUGGCAGUCUUAUUUAACGCUGAUAUCUAUAAAGGAGCGCUUUUAGAAAGCUUCCUGGAAUUCACAAGAGGCUUUUCUCCCGUGAAUCGCGGUAUGGCGCUCGGAAAUUCCCCACAGAUACGUAAAAUUCACCACUUAUAUACCACCUUGCAGCAAAAAUCUGAUACCCUGACGAUGGAUAUCGAUGACGAAGAGCUGGCUGGUAGCAACCAGGAGCUGGUAGACGCUGAAAACUACCACUACGUGAGCUACAUCUACAAGGCCGGUUUUGUAUGGGAACUUGAUGGAUUAAAGUAUGGUCCUAUCAAGCUUGCCCCCUCUUCUGAAAAUGACUGGUUGAACACACUAAAGCCUUUCCUUGAGCAAAAGAUGACAGCAUCUGAAGAUAAUGGUAUCGCCUUCAGUUUAAUGGCUGUCACUUACGAGUCACCUACAAGCAAACAAGACAAUGAAGAUAUCGAUGACCUUAUAAGACAAAAGUUUGACUAUUUCCCCUUCUUAGAGAAGCUUUUCACCGUCGCUUAUGAAGAAGGUCUCCUUCAAGAAUGCACGGAGUUCAAAAAACAUGUCAAGGCUGUAAAGCGUCAGGUCGCUCCCAAGAAAAAAUCACAAAAGAAGACAAAAGCCACAAAGGGCAAAAAUAAGGUAAAGUUAACUACUGAAAAGCCAAUUGAAAAGAAAAAGAAAGGACGUCCUUCCAAGUCAAAGUCAAAGUAA